UUUUUUUUUGUUUUAUUCUAUCCAAAUUCAAGAUUGGAACACAAACACAGAUUCAGACACAGACAUUGACACAACAGGCACAAGCACAGGCACGCAGAUACAAACAAACAAAAAUAAAAAAUAAAAAAAAAUAACAGGCACACUCCUUCACUGACCAGGCACAUACGAUGGCGUCUGCUGCCCUUCCUCGUGCAAACAACACCGCCUUCAAUGCCAAGGUGAUCAAGACCAUUCCUUCGCCUGUCAUACCCAUCAGCACUCUCAGUCAUCAGUCAAAUCCAAAUUCAAAUUCAAAUUCAAAUUCAAAUCAGCGCCGAUCUAUUACCAAUAUCAGCAGCAAUAUCAACAUCAACAUCAACAGCAAUAAAAUCAAUUCCGUUUCCAAAAAGUCUACUCCAAAGAGUUCUACCAGCCUUGGCUCAAGUCCCACAAACUUUUCACUUUCACAUCCUCCAUCCAUGUCCACAGCACCAACAGGCACAAGCGGCCCCAAUAAGCUUCACGCUCACUCGCUCUCAGCUUCAAGUACAAUCUCCUAUCCUCAUCCCUCGCUUCAUCCGCCACUGCGUCUCCUGACGACCGCAACAUGUCCAGACACAGUUACUUGUCUAGUCUCUGCUCAGUCACCGCCCCAUUCGCCCACUUUUACCACCAUCACUUUACCACCAAAAUCAAGUUCCUCUGCUAAUUCUGGAGCAAGCUCAGGAAGCCGUGCAAACUCGAUUCUCGAUGGCAUUCAGACCGCAUUAGGCGUCACCUCCUCUUCACCCCCAUCCUCCUCAGCAUCCACUUAUUCGGCUGCAAAAGAAAGUCUCGCAGACUUUUCCAUCCCGCCUUCAAAACGUUUCGGCGGUCGACAAAGCAAAGUGGGCAAAAAGGGAAAAGAGGCCAGCACCAACGGUGUGCUUCGUUCCCGAAGCAACUAUUUCAGUUUCCCCAACUUUGAUGAAGUUGACUUUGUUGACGUGGCGAUGGUAGAGGAUAAUGAAGAGGAUGAUGACGAUGACCAUUCAGGUUGGUCUAGUCCCGAUUCUCCACCUGAAGGUCAAAGACCGACGAUCAUGGAUGAAAAAAUGAUGCGGACUGCUACGACCUCUCAACUGUUACACCAUCAGGGUCUUCGGAAAGGUCUGAGCAUGCCUUCAAGUCCAAGUCAGCAUUGGCUUCUACAACUCGAGACUUAUCAUGAGCUGCGCGGUCUUGAAGGGGUUCAAGUCUAGACUUUCAAUCUCCUGAGGCGGUGGUGUACAACAUGUACACAUGUCCUACAAAAGCUAGUGAUGCGCUGGACCUGUCCCAUUUUUAGACUCUUUGAUCUUUCCACCCCUUUCUGGGCUGGCAAAGCAAAAAAAAAAAAAAAAAAAAAAAAAA